AUGGACGAAAUCCCGACGCCGCUAGUCAAGGAUAAAAUGGCUGCGGUAUUGACAAAGUACUACAAUGCCGAUGAUCUGGAUGCUUUGUUCGACAAGGCAUUAUCUGGGCCCAGACCGUUUGCAACGUACAUUUGUUAA